AUGCGCUGCCCCUCCUGCAGCAAGCGUUUUAAGAAUGAGGGACGCUUUCUGCAACACCUGAAUCAGCCUUCUUCUCACUGUUACAAGUGGGAUGGUAACCUAGUUCGCAUCUUAAGACCAGCACAAGCUCCAAGUCCUCAAUUUCCUCUCCACAACGACACGGACCCGACCUUUGACCCGGAGUAUAUGGACCAUGGAGUUGAUGCAGACACUGGAGCGGAGUAUGAGUCUUCAGGCUCGCAGGCAGAUUACGGUGAAGAAGUGGAGUUUUAUGACGGUGCAGGCAAGACGUGGGGUGUUGGGAAGACUUUCAUGGACCAAUUCAACGAGGAUGAAUAUGCUGCAGAGAGGGAGCAAAACCAAUACUUUCCUUUCGCUAGCAAACCGGACUGGGAGAUGGCAUCGUAUAUUCUUCGGUCCGAUCUUAGCAUGGCCGAAAUCGACGAGUACCUCAAUCUUGAAUUUACCAAAACACUCCCGUUGUCAUUUCGCUCUUCGCGAGAACUCCGAGGACGUGUUGAAUUGCUCCCAGCUCCCCCUCAAUGGAAGUAUCAAAAAAUCACUACCGAGUUUCCAACGACAAAAACCCUUCAAAUAUUUUAUCGGGACGCAAUCGAGUGCUUGCAGUCACUUCUCAGUCACCCACUGUUGGCCGCCAGCUUUGAUUUCAUCCCAUGCAAGGUUUACAAGUCUGCCGAACGUGCGGUUCGAGUUUAUCAUGGUUUCAUGACAGGCGAUCAUGCUUGGAACCUUCAGAAAGACCUACCUGAAGGUGCAUCCCUCCUUGGUGUAGUCCUCUCCUCGGACAAGACCAAGGUCAGCAACAUCGCUGGCAACCGUUACGCGCAUCCACUUCUUGUUAGUCUCGCCAAUAUUGAUCCUGGAGUGCGUGCCAAAGGCUCCUUACAUGCAUAUAUCCCACUUGCUUUGCUUCCUGUUGCAAAGUUCUUGCACAGGAACAAGCGCAUGCAUGGGGUUCUCGCAGACCGUUUACUUCACCAAUGUAUCGACCUCGUUGUUGAGCCAUUGAAGCAGGCUGCCCGUCUUGGCGUUAUGAUGAGUGAUCCACGGGGUUUUAGCAGGUAUUGCUUCACCCCCCUCGUUGCUUAUGUCGCAGAUACUCCGGAGGAACUUGUAAUUGCAUGCACCACUAUGAACUCAUCGCCUGUCACUAUGGCUACCCGUGAAGACUUUGGAGACCCAAUCCGACACCCUCCUCGUGAUGGAUCAUCAACCCUUGCCAACAUUGCAGCGAUUAUAACAUCUAUCUCACCUUCCGAUCUCAUCCCGUUCUUCGAGGCAUGCAAACGCUACAAUCUAAACGGUGUUGACUUGCCAUUCUGGAGGAAUUGGCUUACCGCAAAUCCUUCCUCCUUCCUCACUCCAGAACUACUUCACCAUCUCCAUAAAAUGUUCUGGGACCAUGAUCGUCUCUGGUGCACAACAGUGGUUGGCUCGCAGGAAAUUGAUUUUCGUUUUGCGCUCCUCCAGGUGUGCACUGGUUACCGUGCAUUCAAGGAGGGAAUCUCCGCUUUGAAGCAAGCCACCGGGCGAGACCAUCGCAACGUUCAACGGUAUAUCGUUGGCGUGAUUGCUGGUGCUGCCCCUGCUGACUUCAUAUCUGCUAUUCGGGCCCUCAUGGAGUUUAGAUACCUCGCUCAAGCCCCGCAUUUCACCGACAAGCAAGUGGUAGAUUUAGACCGCUGUCUUAAAGUCUUUCAUCGGUUCAAACAGUCUAUCGUUGACGCUGCUGCUCGGCGGGGGAAAGGGGGUGGGGAUAAGCCAUGGGCGAUUCCAAAGCUCGAGCUGCUGCAGGGGGUAGUGCCCAGUAUUUGUUCACACGGCGCUGUCAUGCAGUGGUCUGCAGACCCCACUGAACAUGCGCACAUCAAGGUUGUGAAGGAGCCAGCGAGGGCAGGGAACAAUCACGACUACGACGCGCAAAUGCGUGCACAGGAGGACCACGAAAGGGACGAAGACAACGAGGGUGGUCUUGUCCAGCAUUUUGUCAAGGACUACUUUGCUUGCGCGCGCGACCUCAUUAAUGGUGUUCAUCCUCAAGCUCCCCGUCCCUAUCGAACAUUCUCCACCUCAAUUAACGCUUACCAUCUCAGCUAUGACCCCACGCACACGAAAAUGACAGUGGAUAAGGCUGCUGAAAACUUCUCUCUUCCUGACCUCCGUCCCGCAGUCUCCGAUUAUCUUGACCAGGUUGAUGCGCAUGUUGAUCACUUCGCUGUUGGUGGGAGGCGCCAUGCCCACCCUGGCUGCCCCCUCCCCUUUGAACGCAUUCAACUUGAGCCCGCGCAAACGCUACAUGCUCAACCACCCUCCAGUGCCUGGCCAUACGGCCGAUAUGACUCUGUCAUCGUUAGUUCAGGCAACACGCACAAGUGGCCAAAAAGUGGACUGGAUGGACACUUUGUUGCUCACCUUUGCUUGAUUUUUCGUCCCAUCACGACACUCUCAUAUUCCGAAUCAUAUCUUGCAUAUGUUGAACGUUUGGAUGUUGUGACUCUCAACGAUUCUACGGGUAUGUAUAUUCUCAGGCGUGCUCGACGAGCGAAUAAUGACCGGAUUGGCGAUGUCAUCCCAAUAACUCAGAUUGUGGCACCCGUCCAUCUCAUCCCGCGUUUUGGUCCAAAAGCCGAUCCGCGACUGACGAUGCAAAGCAGCAUUAACCAUGCCACAGAGUUUUACCUGAAUAAAUUCUGGAAUAAGGAGCUUUUCUUUGCGCUUCAUGUGACUAGUAGAUAA